GGUCAACUGUUUGAGGGAUACUCAGUAGAAUCUCGGCGACGAUUCCUCGAUGUAGUUUUUCGGUGGAGCAGCCUCGAUUCUCACUAUUUUUCUCGAUUCCUUCCUCAGCCCAUGAAUCGUUCAUUCUUCAUAUCGAUUUUUCGUGUGUGAGUGUGCGCGUGUAUCUUUUCAAGAUUUUACCGAAGAAAAAAUGGGCGAAGAAAAAUCGACGAAAUCGGAGCCGGGGCGACUCCGGCAGACCAUCGCGGCUGUUCUCGUUAACGUUGCUUCCUUAGCGUACGGUACGAUGAUAGGAUGGCCGUCGCCGAUAACUCCGCAGUUGCAGAGCGUCGAUACUCCGGUGGGAAAUUCGCCGAUGACGGACGAGGAGACUUCCUGGUUGACGGGAGCAUUGUGCGUUGGUGCACUCGUCUCAAUGCCAUUCUGCAGUAUAAUAGCUGAAAAAUUGGGUCGCCGGAAGACCGGUUUUGUAAUGACAGUGCCGUUCUGCAUGUGCUGGCUGUUGAUCAUAUUCGCCACGGAUUAUUCGUACUUAUACAUUGGACGUUUUUUCGCCGGCGUCGGUGGUGCCAUUUGUUUUUUCCUCGUGCCUCUUUACGUCUCCGAAAUUUCAGCGGACAGCAUACGCGGGCAGCUUGGAAGUUUUCUCGUUUUUGGCAUCAAUAUCGGAAUCGUAACGGGCUACGUAACCGGCGCUGCCAUGUCAUACCACAUGAGCGCUGUUUUCGGCCUCGUUAUGCCCUUGCUAUUCCUCGUGGGUUUUGUCUUCGUGCCGGAAACACCGGUCUAUCUCAUACGACAUGAUCGCCCGGACGACGCGGCGAGGUCCCUUCUGUGGCUCAAAAAUGGCGACAAGGCUGCAGUCGAUCGCGAACUUUUGAGAAUACAAUUGCUCGUGAGCGAGCACGUUAACGAGCAGGACAAAUCCAUUGGAUUCAAGGACUUGUUUCGCGAUCGUGGAACCAUCAAAGGCUUUGUGAUCGCUUGUGGGCUGAUGGGAGGGCAACAGUUGUGCGGAAUAACCGCAAUGAUCAGCUACGCAGCGACGAUUUUCAAGAUGGCUGGAAGCUCGAUGAGCCCGGACACAGCUGCGAUAAUAAUUGGAUCGAUCCAAGUGUUUGGUUCGUGGCUUUCGUCGGUAUUGAUGGAGCGAGCCGGAAGGAGGCCGCUUCUGAUGGUUUCUUGUGGAGGAAUGGCGAUGUGUCAUUGCGCGAUUGCAAUUUUCUGUACAAUGUUGAACGAGGGUUACGACGUUGAUUAUUUUCGUUGGCUUCCGGUGGCGUCGCUGUCGAUUUACGCCCUCGUUUACAACGUCGGAAUGGGCUCGGGUCCUUUCAUCGUUGCCUCAGAAAUUUUCAACGCCGAUGUUCGUGGUCUCGCCAUUUCUGUAGCCCAAUUUUUCAUGUGGGCGCUCGCGUUUCUCCUCGUCAAAUUUUUCCCCGCGAUGAUGAGCACGAUGGGCGUAUCCGGCUGCUUCUUUUUCCUCGCCCUCUGCUGCCUCGCUAACUUUAUUUUCGUUUUCAUUCUCGUGCCUGAAACAAAGGGUCGAACACUUGAAUCCAUAAUCGACGAACUCAACGGUUUCACCGGACGAUUCGAUGAAAAAAAUUACGUCAAAGCCUCCCUCGAAAUGUCACAGAAAAAUAUAAAUCUUCCCACGUAACGGUCGGAUACGAUUGAUCCGACUUUUGAAAAACAACCUUCGAGCGAGAAUCAACAUUCUGUUUCCUCGCAGUGGUCAAAUUACUGGAUUACAAAGCACGGAAAACGAAGGCGAUGAAUUUAGAACGAAGCACUUCAAAUGAUAAAUAUAUUGGAGGAUUAUCGUUGAUCCUUCUUUAACAGUGAGAAAAAAUCCAAAAUAUUUUGUUAUCCCGUUUUUUGAGAAAAUCUCCCAUUCCUCCGUGUCCUCACUUUCAUAGAUUUUCGAUCGAGAACCGAAGCACUUGAAUCCGCUUUUCAAAACUUCAAAAUCCCAUUUGAAGCUCGUUUGUGACGAAGUUAUUUGAAAACUUCGUCACAGAAUUCGAGAUUUCCAUCUUCAGUUGUAGUUCCGGUGCAAUCAAAUUAAUCUGGAAGAUUCGUCCUCAGAAAAUGUAUCCUUGAAACAUCCGGUCCAGCAUCUCGAGACGUGUACAUGGAAUUUUUUGACUCGUCAAUAAUAUCGGAGUGGCAUUUUCGGCGAUGAAUUUUCUAGAACAAAUUUUCUGGUUACCACUCAACAUCUUGAAGAUAAACGACUGAAAAAUUCAGAAGAUGCGCCAAGUUGUUCUGGGAGGGAACGAUUACAAGAUCGGCGAGGGAGACCAGGACGAUCUGCAAUGUUUUGCAAUAGAAAAAAAAAAUUCGGGCACCCUUCAAAAAUUUGGGGAAAAACAUUUUUUCUUCACCGAGGUUUUCAUUUUAUCCAUAACAUUAACCUCAACUAUUUCUAUUAAGGAAGCUACUGAGUUACCUAACUAGUUAUAAAAGUAUUAGACCAUCGUUCGAGCUGAUUAGUAGUUCAUCUGUCAAUGUCGCUGUUCGUUUCAAUGUGGGCACGUUUAUAUGUGUUCAAAAACAGGUUAUCAGCUGCGUGGAAUACAUUUUAAUUCUCAAGAAAAAGACUUUGUGUUCAUACAAAAAUAUGUGUGGAAAUAAAAAAGUGAUUCUCAA